CUCGCCUUAACGGCUCGCCGUCUGCCCCUCCCCCGCCCGCUGCCGUCACCGGGGAAACGGCCGCGAUAGCCAGCUGACCUGAAGCUGGUUUCAUGGCAGCCGCGAAGAAAGCAGUUUUGGGGCCACUGGUGGGGGCAGUGGACCAGGGCACCAGCUCAACGCGCUUUUUGGUUUUCAAUUCAAAAACAGCCGAACUACUUAGUCAUCAUCAAGUGGAAAUAAAACAAGAGUUUCCAAGAGAAGGAUGGGUGGAACAAGAUCCUAAGGAAAUUCUGCAGUCUGUCUAUGAGUGUAUAGAGAAAACAUGUGAGAAACUUGGACAGCUCAAUAUUGAUAUUUCCAACAUAAAAGCUAUUGGUGUCAGUAACCAGAGGGAAACCACUGUAGUCUGGGACAAGUUAACCGGAGAGCCUCUCUACAAUGCUGUGGUGUGGCUUGACCUAAGAACCCAGUCUACCGUUGAGAAUCUUAGUAAAAGAAUUCCAGGAAAUAAUAACUUUGUCAAGUCCAAGACAGGCCUUCCACUUAGCACUUACUUCAGUGCGGUGAAACUUCGGUGGCUCCUUGACAAUGUGAGAAAAGUUCAAAGGGCUGUUGAAGAAGAUAGAGCUCUUUUUGGGACCAUUGAUUCAUGGCUUAUUUGGAGUUUGACAGGAGGGGCCAAUGGAGGUGUCCACUGUACGGAUGUAACAAAUGCAAGUAGGACAAUGCUUUUCAACAUUCACUCUCUGGCAUGGGAUAAAGAGCUCUGCGAAUUUUUUGAAAUUCCGAUGAAGAUUCUUCCAAAUGUCCGGAGUUCUUCUGAGAUCUAUGGCCUAAUGAAAAUCUCUCAUAGCCUGAAAGCUGGGGCCUUGGAAGGUGUGCCAAUAUCUGGGUGUUUGGGGGACCAGUCUGCUGCAUUGGUGGGACAAAUGUGCUUCCAGGAUGGUCAAGCCAAAAAUACGUAUGGAACAGGCUGUUUCUUACUAUGUAAUACAGGCCGCAAGUGUGUGUUUUCUGAGCAUGGCCUUCUGACCACAGUGGCUUAUAAGUUUGGCAGAGACAAACCAGUAUAUUAUGCCUUGGAAGGUUCUGUAGCUAUAGCUGGUGCUGUUAUUCGCUGGCUAAGAGACAAUCUUGGAAUUAUAAAGACCUCAGAGGAAAUCGAAAAACUUGCUAAAGUAGUAGGUACCUCUUACGGCUGCUACUUCGUCCCCGCGUUUUCGGGGUUGUAUGCACCUUACUGGGAGCCCAGUGCAAGAGGGAUCAUCUGUGGGCUUACUCAGUUCACCAAUAAAUGCCAUAUUGCUUUUGCUGCAUUAGAAGCUGUUUGUUUCCAAACCCGGGAGAUUUUGGAUGCCAUGAACCGCGACUGUGGAAUUCCACUCAGUCAUUUGCAGGUAGACGGAGGAAUGACCAACAACAAAAUUCUUAUGCAGCUUCAGGCAGACAUUCUGUAUAUCCCAGUAGUGAAGCCUUCAAUGCCAGAAACAACUGCCCUGGGAGCGGCCAUGGCGGCGGGGGCCGCGGAAGGAGUUGGCGUUUGGAGUCUCGAACCCGAGGAUCUGUCAGCGGUCACAAUGGAGCGGUUUGAACCACAGAUCAAUGCUGAAGAAAGUGAAAUUCGUUACUCUACAUGGAAGAAAGCUGUGAUGAAGUCAGUGGGCUGGGUUACAACUCAGUCUUCAGAAAGUGGUAUCCCAUAAAUGAUACCAACUCACGGAUUCCAAAGAUGCGAGUUCUUUGCCUAAUGAGAGAAUCCAGCGAUUGUCUCUUAAUGUGAUGACACUAUUCAUAGACUCUGAUUUUAUUUAUAAGCCACUUGCUGCAUGACCCUCCACGUAGACCUGUGUCUUGAAAUAAAGAAAAUGCAGCAGAAAGAAUGCUAUAGAAACAUUUGGUGUGUUUUUUAACAUCAAGAGUUAAGAUUGGACCAGCCACCUUGAGGGCUGACCCCUCCUUUGCCAUCGUGUCCUGUCCCAUUCCCUAUGAGAUCUAGGAAGAAUUCAGGUCCUUCAUUUCAUUGGAAUCUUUCAUCAAACACACUCAAAUGCUGAUGAUGGUCUAGGAUUUGGUUCUCUGCACUACACACAC